AUGCCUGAAAGUGUUGCGCGUAAACGCUUGACUACUAUUGCUAAAAACGUUAGUACGUGUUCGACACAGGCUACACUAUACGCUGCUUGUGUAAUAAAUCAUAGUGAUUUAAAAAAAGAUUCGUGUUUAAAAGAAUUUCUUGCUCUUAAAGAUUGUGUACAAAAAGCUGCAUUAAAAAAUGACUCACUUUCCCUCAAUCCUUCAAAUGAAAGUGUUGGUUCAUUUAAAAUUGAAGGUAAAAUAAUCGUUCCACCAGGUGAUAAUGCACUUGAAAAUACAAGAAUAUUAAUUGAUGAAGGUGCUUAUAUUGGUAUUCCACAAGUUGAUGGAACAUUUGUCAUAUCUGGUAUUCCAAGUGGUUCAUAUAUUGUAUCAGUUGUAUCACCUUUACAUGUAUUCGAACCAGUUCGUGUUGAUAUAAAUGCUAAAGGUAAAAUUCGUGCACGUAAAGUUAAUUUUAUUCAACCAGGUGAAGUUGUUGCAAUGAAAUAUCCAUUAAAUUUUGAAACACAUGGUAUACCAAAUUAUUUUCAAAAACGUGAAGUUUAUCGUUUAACUGAUGUUAUUAUGAAUCCAAUGUUUUUAACAUUACUUAUACCAUUAGCAUUAUUAUUAAUUUUACCUAAAUUAGCUUCACAAGAUCCUGAAAUGCAACGUGAUUUACAACAAGCUAGUAAUUUUCUUCAACCAAAUAUAAAUACACCUGAUUUAGGUGAUAUGUUUGCAAAUUUUUUUGGUGGACCUAAAAAACAAAAACCAACACAACAACAACAAAAUCAAAAUAAUGGUGCUAAUAAUGGUUUAUUAACAGGACAACAAAAACGAAAAAAUGAAGGCAUUAAUAAACGAAGAAAUUAA